AUGGUGAUAAAUGCCCUAAAAGAAGUAAAAGCUGAGGCGGAAGCUGCUGUCACCGCCAUUGCAGCGCUUCUGCCAAGCGCUAGCGUUGAUACUACAGCACCACCAUCAGAAGCAGGAUCCGAUGUUGUCCUCAAAGCGCCUCCGCUACUCACCCCUCUUCCUGAGGGUGGAAACAACAACCUUGCCAUCAAAGGCAUGACAGGAAAGUCGCACCAUUCCAUAGCUGAGUUUCUGUCAGAUAUCGGGCCGGAGGAAGAAAAAGAAGCACCUACUCCGAGCACCGAAAGAAACCAGUUUUCUGGCGACCCAGAUGGGACUCCGGAGGCGGCUGGGGCGGUUCACGUGCUGAUCCACUCCAAAAGCCGGCACCAGGUGAUUCCUGGAGGAGACAUCAACCCGUGCCCGACCCCGCGCCCGACGGACGACCAUAAGGUUGAAGAAAGGACAUUCCUGCGGCCACUCGAUAUAAAGUUUGGAGGAAAGGAAUUUGAUCAUCAAUUUUUGUAUAUGCCAAACAGCCCGGAGUCUCUGCUCGGGAGAGACCUGCUUUCAAUAUUACAGGCAAGAAUAAUUUUUGAAAAGGGUAGAGUAAAACUAGAAAUGCCAGAGGAAAACCUAGCAAAAUUGUUUGUAAUUAAAGAAGUAGGGGGGGAAGAGAUACCACAGGAAAUAGAACAAGCAGUCGUGCCAUGGGUUUGGGAAACAGGGACCCCAGGUAAAUCAAAAGCGGCAGUACCAGUAGUAGUGGAAUUAAAGGAAGGGGCCCAACCAGUAAGGAUACGGCAGUACCCCAUUAGCCUAGAAGCUAGAAAGGGGAUAGCCCCAAUGAUAACUCAAUUUUUGGAUUUAGGGAUUCUGCAGGAGUGUGAAUCUGAAUUCAACACUCCUAUCUUCCCGGUCAAAAAGCCUAAUGGUAAUUACAGGUUAGUGCAGGACUUAAGGGCAAUUAAUUUAAUCACCAAAGAUAUACAUCCUGUAGUGGCAAAUCCGUACACAUUGUUAACAUCUGUUUCUGAGAAAUUUCAAUGGUUUACAGUAAUUGAUUUAAAAGAUGCCUUCUUCUGCAUACCCCUGGCACCUGAAAGUAGGAACAUUUUUGCAUUUGAAUGGGAGAACCCCGACACGGGACGAAAGUGCCAACUCACAUGGACCAGGCUUCCCCAAGGAUUUAAAUCCUCGCCCACCAUAUUCGGUAACCAGCUGGCCAAGGAACUUGAGGAAUGGAAGAUUACCCAGGUAAAAGACUCGCCUUUCUCUUAUGUGGUGUUGCAGUAUGUGGAUGACAUUUUCCUGGGUACCACAGAACAGGGUCUCUGCCUCAAAUUAACCAUUGGACUAUUGAAUAUGCUGGGACGGGCUGGAUACCGGGUAUCCAGAGAAAAGGCACAGCUGGUCAAACAAAAGGUCAUCUAUCUAGGAUGUGAAAUUUCGCAGGGGGUUCGUCGUUUGGGAGUAAAUCGCAUACAAGCCAUAUGUGCAAUUCCAGUACCCGUAAACCAGGAACUAAGAUCUUUUCUAGGAAUGAUCGGCUGGUGUCGACUGUGGUUCCCCGACUUUGGGCUGACAGCCAAACCACUGUAUGAGGUUGUGAAGGAACCGAGAUUUAAGUGGGGACCCACGGAAGAUAAAGCAUUUUGGGAGUUAAAACAGGCCCUCAAGGAAGCACCUGCCCUGGGUCUACCGGAUCUAACCAAGGACUUUCAAUUGUAUUUACAUGAAAGGCAAAAGUUAGCCUUGGGGGUGCUCACUCAGAAACUGGGGUCUUGGAAAAGACCGGUUGGAUACUUUUCUAAACAAUUGGACUCAGUAAGUGGGGGAUGGCCAGGAUGCCUAAGAGCAGUGGCAGCCACAGUAAUCCUGAUCCAAGAAGCACGUAAGCUAACAUUGGGCAAGCACAUGACAGUUUAUGUACCUCAUAUGGUCAUCACAGUAUUGGAACAAAAGGGGGGCCAUUGGCUCUCAUCGAGCAGGAUGCUCCAAUACCAGGCCCAAUUGAGGGAACAGGAUGAUGUGGAGCUGAAAAUAACAAAUCACCUUAACCCAGCAGAAUUCCUCAGGUCCACCCAGGAAGAAGGAGAGCUGGAACAUGACUGCGUGGAAGUAAUCGAACAAGUGUACGCCAGCCGGAAGGACCUGAAGGAUGAGCCACUGCCAGACCCUGAUUGGGAAUUGUUCACGGACGGAUCCAGCUUUGUGGAAAAAGGUACCAGGUAUGCCGGGUAUGCAGUGGUUACCUUGCAGCAGAUAGUGGAAGCAAAAGCAUUGCCCCCGGGCACGUCAGCGCAGAAAGCAGAAAUUUGGGCCCUGAUAAGAGCCCUGGUAUUGAGUCAAGGGAAGAAAGUUAACAUAUGGACUGAUUCCAAAUAUGCAUUUGGAGUAGUACAUGUGCAUGGGGCUUUAUGGAAGGAGCGGGGACUUCUUAAUUCGCAGGGGUCGUCAAUCAAACACAGGGAAGAGAUAAUUAUGUUACUGGAAGCAAUUUACAAACCAUCGGCAGUUGCAGUGAUGCACGUCAAAGGACAUCGGAACAAUCCAGGAAAAGAGUUCCAGGGAAAUCGACAAGUACAAAUGGGCAAGUUACAGGUAGGUCCCCAACCAGGAGAUUAUUGGCAAAUAGACUUUUCUGAGUUACCAAAAGCCCAAACAUACAAAUAUCUGUUGGUGUAUGUGUGCACAUUCUCGGGGUGGCCAGAAGCUUUCCCUUGUAGGACUAAUCAGGCAAAGGAAGUGGUAAAAACACUCUUGAAAGAAAUCAUCCCUAGAUUUGGGGUGCCGUUAGGGAUAUCAUCUGAUAGGGGUCCUCAUUUCACUGCAGGGAUUGUGCAGGAGAUUUCUGUAAUACUAGGGAUAACUUGGAAUCUGCACACGCCCUGGAGACCCCAAUCAAGUGGUAAGGUAGAGCGGAUGAAUCAAACAUUGAAAAACCAAAUUAAGAAAAUUUGUCAAGAAGCAAAAAUCCAGUGGCCGCAGGCAUUGCCUUUGGCUCUGUUAAAAGUUAGGAUUAAACCAAGGGAAAGGAUAGGGGUAAGU